CGUACUAAAUCUUUCUUUCCCAAACUUGUCACAGAAAGCAAGAGCAAGAGCGUUGUACCAGUUUGUGCAGUGUCGACCACACCUAGACUGCCUUUGUCCAGGGAGACGAUUACAUCGCGUUAGACACCCUCACCAUAGCAUAGGCAUCAACGCCUGCUGAACGUUGAAGAUGGCAAGCAAUGUAGUUACCUUCGUCUUGCUUCUCGCGUCAAUUGCUACAGCCUUUGCUAUGGUGGUGGCAUUGAAUGCUGUCCCCACGUGGUAUGUAGAGUCUUCAAGAUACCGAUCUGUUAGUCUCGGACUUUGGCAGUUUUGCACAUACGCAUCCCGUGGAGGACUUGGCCCUGUGAAGCACUGUGUGUCGUUCAACCUUGUUAAAAUCAACGCGGAACGAGAAAGCAAUAUUUUUGUGUGGCUUGAGGCGGCGGAGGCUGGAGCCAUUCUCAGCGCACUGGCUCUGGGGGCUGCAUUUCUCUCUUCGAUUUUCCUAGAGGUGCGACGCGCGUCCCCAAUAGCUCAGACAUCCAGCCUGUUCCACGUGCCCAAAGUUAUGCUAGGAUUUGCAAUGUGCUUCAUGUUUGGAACUGGAUUUGCAGCUUCAAUGUUCUAUGCGGUACAUGAUCUAGGGAGGUUGGAGUUUGGAGCUAUGUACUAUAUGUGCUGGGCGGCGGGUGCGUUUACUGUUAUGCCAAUGGCAAUCAGCUUUUUCCAUCAUCGGCCCACACCUGUGGCGAAUUCCGCGGAGCAUUUGGUUCCUUUGACCACGAAUAUGAGCACUCCGGUUUAAGAGAAACAUCGCCCAAUCCACUUCGUGUGCCAACCGGAUCACGUCCCUCCACCCCCAAGCAGCAGACUGGGGUCUAGUGAAGUGUGCACCGCUAGCAGCUAUAGUAUACAUGUAUACAGUCAUGUUGGUAGGUUUACAAAGCAUACUGCUUGAUUGCCAAUCACGUAGUCAUAUGUGUCCUUUCUCCCGACACUUUGCCCUUCAUCCACUUCAUUUUCCUGGCUGUCAGGCCAUCGCCGGUUGUACUGAUAAAGUCGUAUUCAUAAAAAGUAUUCCUGGAAAGUAUAUGCACAUGUAUGUCUUCAAACAUGGUGCCAUUCAGUUUCUCGCUUCCAUAUUUCUCUCCCCUAUCAGUAUUUCAUUUGAUCUAGUUUGUGUGUUGUCCUCCACAUGAUCUUCUUGACACGUUCGUUGGCACCUUCACCUACCUACAUCUCGGCUACUCUCGCAUUGUGAUAUCAACAUGAGAAAAACGUGUUUGCACCUUCAUGUAGUUUUUAAAAAAAAGCCUCAAAUCCA